CGAGCUCCUGACUGUACUGCUUGUCCCUCUGCUAUAAAGGUUCAUAAUGUUCGUAAAAAUUUAAAACAUAAAAUAAGUAAUGCAGGUAAAAUGCCGCAAUGCGUCGGGCGUUAUAAAUUACAUUCGGUAUUUUUACAUGCUUGUUUAAUUUAAUUAUCUUUAAUCGAAACUAUUCAUCAAAUUAAUGCUACUUUCAAAUCCGAGGAGUUCUUGCGUAGUGCACAUUUGACUAAGUUAUUUCUUUACUUGCAUUAUUUUACCAUGGCGAUUCAAAAUAAAGUACUAUAUGCAUUUCGCGGCUGGAUAGCUUUUGUGGCCUUCAUGGACCUAGGGACAGCCGGCAGAUCUUACAUAGAAAAAAGGUCCUUUUUAAGCCAUAACGGCGAAAAUGAUCCCUUGGAUGGUACAAUAUCAAGAAUGUUGGGAAUGUUUUCUGUGUUGAAAGCUUUGGCAUUGAUUCAUUGCACAUUGUAUAUACAUUAUAGACCGGUUGUUUCGAUGGGUUACUGGUCGCUGGUGCUGAAUAUCGUGCUAUAUUUCUCUGAAGCCUUCUAUUUUCACUCGACUACUCUCAACUUUUACGUAGUCUUCCCUUGUAUUUUGAAUAUACUUACCCUCCUUGGAUUAAUCUACCUGCCAUCGAAAAUAAAACUUUGGGGUACCAUUCCCGGUACAUCAGGGAUGGAGAGGGAUCUAGACGAUGAAAAUGUGCAAAUACUACGACAGAUGGGCAAUUUCCGAAGACGAAAAGGAAACCCAGUAAAAAAUAAACAUGUUUGAUUGACAGGUAUAACUAGAGAUAAGCAGAUAUUGGGCGUUAAAUAUGCCAUGAUUCUAAAGCAAGCUAUAUGUCCAAUGUAUACACUAUUAGUAUCUCUCUAUCUCUUGUCUCGCUUUCGCAUUUGAGUGCGGCAAUAAUGACCAACCCGCAGUUAUGGUUAGGUCGUUUCUAGUCAAUAUUUACAAUUUAGUAAAUUAAGAUUUUUUUGUACCAAAUGUUCUUUACAAUUAAAUACUCGUUCGGAGAUGUCGCCUAAACAAUUUUGUUUAAAAAAUAUUCACGAAUGUAUUCUUUAGAAUACUUGAUGACUGUAUUGUUGUCAGUUGUAAUGAGAACGACAUGCGACUUAUGUAACUUUGAAAUCUGCUGAAACCUUGGCUUAUAUAAGUCUUGCAAUCUUUUCUAGUCAAACCUUAUUAUUAGGCUUAGAAGUUUUUGGAUUUAUAGUACUUUGUCUUAAGGUGCACAAUGUUUUUUUGCAAGGCACCUUCCUAUUCACCAUUGCCUAAUAAGAUAUAUUCAAUGUGACUCCCUCAUUACUUGUCGCUUGAAUGUUUUGACAUCGGAUUUACACUCUAGCUAUUUUUUUCUUUUUUUUUUGCGUUGUAUUGAAAAAUGUCAGUUGUCAGUUAGUACUCGGAAUGUUCGCAGUAGCUUGCGCGAUGACCAAUAAUAUUUUAUCGUUUUAAUGUACCUUUAAAAAAACAGUGAAGUUUCUUCGAUCGUAGAUUUUUGUGUUUUUAAUUGGGGGCGUCCAUAAAUAACGUGAGGUGUUUUUGUUUUUAAAUUUUCUGUUGCAGAGAUGGCUUUUAGGCUCAACCGUUUUCCUAUUUUUUUGUUUGUAAUCAGAAAAAAUAAUUGCGUGAUAUUUUCCAACGUAAGAUUAAAUGAGAUUUGACUCGACCCUCUCUUUAACACCUCACGUAAUUUAUGGACGUCCCCUUGUUAAAAAAUCACGCAUUACCUACAUAAUAGUUUCUAAAAUACGUGACCAAAUAUAGUAGUAUGUUGUAAAACAUAAUAAUACUUAUUAUAUACCUUGUGCAACAUAUGGCUUCCCUCCUGCCACCUUUUUACGGGAUUAACCUUACAUCCGCAUUGUAAGGAAACCGCAAAGAGCUAUUUAUAAAUUGUUCGUUAUUUUUCGUUAUUAGCUAUCUUAAUUUUGAAUUUAAAUUACCCUGGAAAGCAAAAAUAUUUUAUUUACCUUUAAGUGUGCAGUUUUGCAAUAAUCUCCUUAGUUUAGUUUAUUUCAUAUUUUUAAUCUUAAUGCCGUAUCACCUGAAGUUUGGGACAGAGUUGGUUUGUUUGGUAGAUUAAGUCUUCUCAAAAGCGUGGAACAGAUAGACAUGGCAUGUAUAUUUUAAUAUAAAGGAAAACCUAAUUUCCAAAUUUUUAUUAGAUUAAGGGAAGACACAGUAGACUGCAUUAGCACUUAAAUAAUUCCUUAGAAUUAGAAAGUUCAAUGUAUUAACCGCCAAUAUUAAACUAAAUAGAAUUUUACGCCAAUAAACCAUAGUAAUUUUCUAUACGUAGAUAAACACAAUAAAAAAAUGGAAUAAUUUGUACAAAUCUGUGCCAAUGCAAUAUAUUAAAUGUUAUUUAUAAUAUAAGCUCUCCAUAGUAAUAAUAUUUCGAUUGGGGGCAAAGUAUCUGUUUCUAUUUUGUUAACAUGAAACUUUUGUCUGGAUAUAAAAAUUUCCACUACACUUUCCUUGAGACCCUUAUAUACAGCUAAAAAAUUAAAUAAAAAUAAAAUACAUUUAUUUUGGAACAUAAGAUCAUCAAGGUAUCACUUAUUCCACGUCAUUAAAUUCGAACCUGUAGGCAUCCCCUACUCUUCGGCAAAAAAGACAGAGGGUGUAGGCCGAGAGAAAAAGUUGGCGUAAAAAACUCUAGGUACUCUUUUAAAAAAGCAAAUCAUCAAACAAUACUACAACAGUAGUUUUAAUAAUGGACUGCAUACUAUUGAAAACUUUGUUAAGAGUAUAUAUACGAAUGAGUAUGUUCUUUAUUACUUUAAUGAUUUUUAUGCUGAUUGAAACCUUUGUUUAUUUUCGUAAAAAUGUUGUUGUGGACAGUGGACAGAAUAUACUUAUUAUAAAAGUGGAAUAAAAUACUGUCGCGCUUGGUGUUGGAAGUAUUUAGUCCUUCGGUCCGGAGUCGCUAAUAUCGUUAAAAAAGUAAGUCGUUAGAUUUCACAAUUUAAGCAGUCCUCUGCAUCCGUAAAGUAAGCCCAUAACUAUAUUGCAUAAGUUAUGGGAUUACCUAACCUUUUUAGACACGAUGUGAAUGCCUUCAUCAGCCUGCCUGUCCCUGAUCAGGUCAGAGUUUUCCUUUUUUAAGACGUCAUCCACAUAUCAAAUUUGACACACUCUAAUUACUUCGUAGGUAUUGCAAUGUGUUUUGAAUAUUUAUAGAAUACUUUGAAACAAUUGAGUUUCUUUAAUUCGCAUUUUUUUUUAACAUAUUAAACUAGAUAAGGCAGUGUUUUUGUUAGUUUGUUUACCUUUUCGUGUUCAUGCCAGUUUAAAUAAACUUGCAAGACCCCUUGAUAGAUUUUAAUGUUUUGAUUUGUCUUGAGUUUACAUGAUUUUAAUAAACUAUUGACAUUUUUGUAAGCUAUGUAGUUCUGCUUUUCCAGAAUAAGUUAGUAUAAAGAAGAGAAAACUAUGUUCUGGCUGUGUCAAUUCAUUUUAUCACAAUGAAAUUGACAGUCUGGACUAUAACGUAGAUUUAUAGAAUAUCUGGAAUACGUAUAGUACUUAUUGCUUUAAUAGUUUUUUUUACUGUACUUAUAAAAAACAAUCCUAUAUAUUAUAACUGUGAGUUCUGUGCAACAAGAUGUUAAAAGAUAUUACAGUAUGUUAGCCUGUUUACAGGUUAAAUUAGACUGAAGACUUUAAAUUCUGCACAUUAUUUAUGUUAUUGCCAUAGUGACAGGUAAAAUUACGCAUUCAUUAUUUUAUGAACAGAAAAUUAAAUAUCGCCAUGUAAAUAUUGACUUUAUUUAUAUUAUAUUACUAAUAAAAGAAUUUCAAUUCAAUUAAGUACAAGUCAGUAAGUGCCACCGUAUUUUUUUUUUCAGUAAGUGUCACUUAAUCAUAAUUUUAGGAAAUACGUUAUUGUUUUUUUUGUUAUUUGUAUCAUUUGUGUAUACUUCUAUUUCUGUAUACGACUCACAUUUAUAAUUUAUUGUAGUAUUAUAUAACGAAUAUUGUCAAAAGGACCACACUCACAUAGUGCCAUAUCAAUUUGUUAAGUUUUACAAAUAAAACACGAUUGAA